CGAGGAAGUCCGGGCGCCGGAAGUGCCUGCAGCGCGCGGCGGCGGAGCAGCGCUGAGGCUCCGGCGCGAAGGAGGGGGAGGGUGGGUGAGGCCGCUGGGAUUGCGUGGACCGCGGAGAGGGGUCUCACAGGGUCGCCCCCAUGUUGCGUUUUCCGACCUGUUUCCCGUCCUUCCGGGUGGUGGGAGAGAAGCAGCUGCCGCAGGAGAUAAUUUUCCUGGUCUGGUCACCCAAGCGGGAUCUCAUCGCUUUGGCCAACACGGCGGGCGAGGUUUUACUUCAUCGACUUGCAAGUUUUCAUCGAGUUUGGAGUUUUCCACCCAAUGAAAAUACAGGAAAGGAAGUUACCUGUCUGGCAUGGAGACCAGAUGGCAAACUUUUGGCGUUUGCUCUUGCUGACACCAAGAAAAUUGUUCUGUGCGAUGUAGAGAAACCUGAAAGCUUGCACUCCUUCUCUGUGGAAGCCCCAGUGUCUUGUAUGCAUUGGAUGGAAGUGACUGCAGAAAGCAGUGUUCUAACAUCCUUUUAUAAUGCUGAGGAUGAAUCAAAUCUUCUCUUACCUAAACUGCCCACCUUGCCAAAAAAUUACAGCAACACCUCAAAAAUUUUUAGUGAAGAAAAUUCUGAUGAAAUUAUUAAGCUUUUGGGAGACGUCAGGCUUAAUAUUCUUGUCCUCGGAGGAAGCUCUGGAUUUAUUGAGCUUUAUGCAUAUGGAAUGUUCAAAAUUGCUCGAGUCACAGGGAUCGUUGGUACUUGCCUUGCAUUGUGUUUAUCCAGUGAUUUGAAGUCAUUAUCAGUGGUCACAGAGGUUUCUGCUGGCACUGCUUCGGAGGUCUCAUACUUCCAGCUUGAAACCAAUCUACUGUACUCUUUCUUACCUGAAGUAACUAGGAUGGCUAGAAAGUUUACUCACAUUUCUGCACUUUUACAGUAUAUAAAUUUGUCACUAACAUGUAUGUGUGAAGCAUGGGAAGAAAUACUGAUGCAGAUGGAUUCUCGUCUCACCAAGUUUGUGCAGGAGAAGAGCACAACCACUUCCGUGCAAGAUGAAUUCAUGCACUUGUUGUUAUGGGGGAAAGCAAGUGCUGAACUUCAGACCCUCUUAAUGAACCAGUUAACAGUAAAGGGCUUAAAGAAACUUGGCCAGUCUAUAGAGUCAUCAUAUUCCAGUAUACAAAAAUUGGUUAUAAGUCACUUACAGAGCGGUUCCGAGUCUUUAUUAUACCAUUUGAGUGAACUGAAAGGAAUGGCUUCAUGGAAGCAAAAAUAUGAACCUCUUGGACUAGAUGCUGCAGGAAUUGAAGAUGCUAUUACUGCUGUGGGUUCUUUCAUACUCAAGGCAAAUGAACUUCUUCAAGUUAUAGAUAGUAGUAUGAAAAACUUCAAAGCAUUUUUUCGCUGGCUUUAUGUGGCAAUGUUGAGAAUGACAGAAGACCAUGUGCUUCCAGAGCUGAAUAAGAUGACUCAGAAAGAUAUCACAUUUGUUGCUGAAUUUCUUACUGAACAUUUCAAUGAGGCUCCAGACCUUUAUAAUCGAAAAGGAAAAUACUUCAAUGUUGAAAAAGUUGGUCAGUAUCCAAAAGUCAGAUUUAAGAAUAUCUGCAACAAUAUCAUCAGAAAAUCUUCAAGUACCAUGGCUGUCAAGUACACAGUGUACUUGAAAGAUGAAGAUGAUGAUCUCGUGUCACCACCUAACACAGAAGGAAACCAGUGGUAUGAUUUUCUUCAAAAUAGCAACCACCUUAAAGAAAGUCCUUUGCUGUUUCCUUAUUAUCCUCGAAAAUCAUUGCAUUUUGUGAAAAGGCGGAUGGAGAACAUUAUUGAUCUGUGCUUGCAAAAACCAGCAGAUGUCAUUGGAAAAUCGAUGAAUCAAGCAAUCUGUAUUCCAUUAUACAGGGAUGCUAGAAGUCAGGACUGUACACGCAGAUUAUUCAAAUUUCCUUUUCUGUGGAAUAAUAAAACCUCAAAUCUACAUUAUCUUCUUUUUACUAUUUUAGAAGAUUCUCUUUAUAAAAUGUGCAUUUUAAGGAGACAUACUGAUAUUUCCCAAUCUGUAAGUAAUGGACUAAUAGCUAUUAAAUUUGGGAGCUUCACAUAUGCCACAACUGAAAAAGUGAGACGAAGCGCCUACAGCUGCUUAGAUGCACAGUUCUAUGAUGAUGAGACUGUAACAGUAGUUCUGAAAGACACCGUGGGACGUGAAGGGAGAGAUAGGCUUCUGGUCCAGUUGCCAUUAUCUUCAGUGUAUAAUAGCGAGGAUGCCUCAGAGUAUCAGUUCACGGGGGCUUACUCCACAAGGCUAGAUGAACAGUGCAGUGCUAUUCCCACACGUACCAUGCAUUUUGAAAAGCAUUGGCGAUUACUGGAAAGUAUGAAAGCACAGUAUGUUGCUGGGAAUGGUUUUCGCAAAGUGUCCUGUGUGUUAAGCUCAAAUCUCCGUCAUGUAAGAGUAUUUGAAAUGGACAUAGAUGAUGAAUGGGAGCUUGAUGAAUCUUCGGAUGAAGAGGAGGAAGCCAGUAAUAAGCCUGUGAAGAUAAAGGAAGAAGUGUUGUCAGAAUCAGAGGUUGAGAACCAGCAGGCCAGUGCUGCCGCAUCCGCUCCAGAGAUAGUCAUCAAAGUGGAAAAACUUGACCCUGAGCUGGACUAGCUUGCCCUGAUUUUGUAUGUCCUCAUUAUGUCAGGAAGGACAUGGGAGAUGGGUGAAGAUGUUUUGGAUCACUUUUAAUUUUCUUUGUAUAACAAAGAAAUAAACCAUACAUUUUAUUUUUCCUUA